AUAAAAUUCAGUUUGAAACAUCAACUCCACAGAUGUAGACGUUUGCUUGUUUUGCAGUCUCUUACAAUCUUGUUACACGAAAAGAAAUCCAGUGUUACUUGAAUGUUCCAGCUAAGCUCUCAUAUCGAUCAUAAGCUUCUGGAUAGAUCGCCUAUGCAACGUGCAUUGUCUGUUUUCCAGUUCCCAGUCAGUUGACUUAGAGCAGUGUUUCAGAAUGCUUGCUAGAAUCGCAUUUUUAUUAUGGCUCAUCGGCCUUUUUGGCCCGGAAGUUCAGUCGGCCAAGGAGGAUGAAAUCGAGUGCGGAGCCUUCGACGAAAAUCAUAUGCUCAAUCAAGGCACCUUCGCCGUUCCCACGGAACACCAGUGGGUGGCUCGGAUAGUGUAUGGCAAGGGGUUUGAGGGCAAGAUUCGGGACAAUGGAUGUCUGGGCGUGCUUGUAUCGAAGCGCACUGUGUUGGCUCCUGCCCACUGUUUUGUCCAGUACAACGGCGAGGCGGAGGCGUUCUCCGUCCACCUGGGUGUGCACAACAAGAGUGCUCCCGUCGGAGUGCGGGUCUGCGAAAAAGAUGGCUAUUGCGUGCGUCCGUCGCAGGAGAUCAAGCUGGCCGAGAUAGCAAUCCAUCCGGACUACGACCCGCGUACCUUGAAAAACUGCCUGGCAGUGCUGACUCUUCAGCGAGACGCAAAGAUCUACCCGAAUGUAAUGCCCAUUUGCAUGCCACCUCCAAGCCUGGUCAACGAGACCCUGGUGGCUCAGACGUUUAUAGUGGCUGGUCUUCGCGUCUUUGAGGACUUCAGGCUGAAGACCUGGGUAAACACGCUCAGUCGCGGCUUCUGCCAAUCCAAGGUCAAAACGCUGGUGACCAGCAGCAACACGGUGUGUGGCUACCAAAAACAACCGGUGGGGUAUUACCUGGGCGCACCUCUGGUGGGGAUGCAGAAGAAGGGGCACGCCACCCAGAACUACUACCUGGUGGGCAUCAUGAUCGACUGGCGCUGGGAGAAAAACCGCAUCAUGUCCAGCUUCCUGGCCAUUCGGAACUACAUGGACUUCAUCCAGCAGAACUCCAAGUCACUGAUUGUACGCUCCUGAGCCCCGAAUAAAGUCAAGAGAAACGCCAGCUGCCAACAGGUCUUGCUGGGGUGUUAAUUAUUCAGCUCCCAGCUCGAGACUCGUGGCUCGCAGCUCGAAGCUCGUGCAACAUGCAAA